GGGGGGGGGGGGGGGGGCCAGCGAGACCGGCCCCAGAGCGUGCAAGAGGCCCGUGAGCGUGACUUUGCCUGCACCAGUUGCGAGAAAGGAUCGUCAGGAGGGGGGCGGGGGGGCAUGCGAUGAGUGCGGAGCUGCUAUUUGAACGGCGCUGUCGCUAUCGGGGCCUAGUGCGCAUCCGCCGGGUUCCUAGCGUGGCCGGCGGCCAAGACGUCGGCCUCUUCCGGUGUCGAGUUAGCCGUGGCCGGGAACUGGACGACGACGUCUUCCGGGGAGGGCCGGGCUGAGUGUCGCGGCCGAGCUUCGCCGACCGCGUCGUCAAGACGUGGUCAUUGAGCGCUGUAUCUUGGUCCGUCGACCGGGGAAUCGUCCCGCAGGCUCUGGAGCAGCUCUCCAUGGAACAUAUCUGCGCUGCUGCCGUCCAAGUUGGCGUGGUCGAAGGGCGGAGGAGCACUUCCAUCCAGUCCGCACCGGCCCGACGGAGCACCGCGAUCUUGCAUUCCGGCGUCGUUUUCGUGGCUUGGAGGACUGGGUGUUCGGCUGCUCGUACGAAGCACGCACAAGAGCCUCCUGGGAAUCGUCGGCGUUUCCUUCCACUGGCCGCCAUUCGAUGUGCUCGCCAAGCUUGGUGUUGUCCAGACGGACCCAGUAGGGCUUGGUGGUUCUCUCGGUUUGUUCGCCCAAAGCCUCCCUCGCCUCGGACGUCGACCCUGCGGCAGGGCGACCGCCAGAAGUCGGGUUAUAAAGUGAAGCCUAAGCCCGCCGAUAACGUAUAUCAGACUAUGUUGGUUGUCAAAGUCACAAAAGUGGAGGCACCCUCGCUUGGAGAUAAAUUGAGGACCUGCCAAGUGCCGUACUCUCUGGCUACUACUUCAACACCACCAGCUUACUAGACCGGACAUGACCAAGAACAGCCGCGCGGGAUCUAUGGGAGCGCGGGAUGCGGAAUGCGGGAUGUCCGCAAGCGGGUUAAUUGUCACCCUAAAUCACAGCCAGAGAUUCCAGACAUGGGCAAGACAGGAAGCACGUUGCGGGGGGUCCCAUCCGUCACUGUCCCAGUGGUCAAUUAUAUGCAUAUGCAGAGGGACAAAGUGCGCAUUAUUGAUCAUGCUUUUGUGAACUUUGACAGUUACACUGCGUCGGCC